CUACUGAGUAAUGGGUAAGACCUGGGACUGUAGUUCCUUGUGAGGGAGCAGAAGUAGAGAGAGGUGAGAAAACAGCCUUUUGCAGAAGCAGGGACCUAUCAUCAAACUAUACUAUGGUGGAGGACCAUGAAACGCUGCCUGAAAGAACAGUAUUGGGACUUGCUGCUGCACAACUGUGUCCCCUGCAAACCUCUAUGCAACAGACCCAACCACAAGAACUGUGACAUGUUUUGCAAGUCUCUGAGGUGCAGCAAGGAAAGAGGCAGCUACUAUGACCACCUCGUGAAAGAAUGCAUCAGCUGCUACUCCAUCUGUGGACAGCACCCGAAGCAAUGUGCACAUAUCUGCCAGACCACGGCAGACCCCCUGCUGCAACUGGACCAGAAGCUGAGUGGGGACCCGGGACAGCCGGCUCUGGUCUACACCAUCCUGGGGCUGUGUGUGUGCACUAUCUUUUGCUGCUUUUUUAUCACCAUGGCCUGCUUCCUCAGGAGGAAGGGAGAACUGCCUCGGCCAGGGAGGGAUCAGACCUCCACUGAGGAUCAUUUAAUGGAAGCUGGAAGUGUUGGAGAUGCAUCUAAGGAGCUCAAGACACCAGAGCCCGUGGAAACAUCUAACUAUAGCUUCCCUGAGCAGACUCCCCCCACCAAGGAGAGUACAGCUCCCACAGAGGUCUCGCAUCCUGAGGUCCCACCUCAGCAGGAAAAUGUAGCCACCCUCCGUGGAUACGUGGGUCUGGUGGGGACGGCAUCCUCAGGGCAGACCCCAGGCUGCAAGGAAGGCUGUCUCAGGAUCAUCUGCUCACCCUCCCAGGAAAAAGGGCCCUCUCCUUAGAAUGGACAAAGAAAACACCAGAGAAGCCCAGUGGGUGCUUUCUCUUCUCUCCCAAACAAACAGAUCUUCAUGAAACACUUUCUUCUGCUAUGGAAAUAAAAUCUCAUUUCUGUA